AAGGACGUCCGAUCACAGUUCUGGGAAACAUAUGAGGUGGUAGCAGAGGAGGUCGACAGCGAGUUCCUGGAGCGGUACAAUGGUGAUAUCGAUAUCAUCCCUACUUUUGCGGGUCUCUUCUCAGCUGUCACCACCUCCUUCAUAAUUGCGUCACAACCUAAUCCAGGAGACACCACCAACGCACUGCUGGUCCAACUCAUAUUACUUGCGGCAAAUGGUACUUCGGCACCCCAAAGCAUUACGCUUCCGCAACCAGCAGGGUACUCGUCUAGUAAUGUUUGGGCUCAAAGCCUAGCCUACGCUAGUCUUUUACUUAGCCUCUUUGCUGCCUUUGGUGCCAUCCUGGGCAAACAGUGG